AUGUUGGCAUCAAAGUGUUUGAUGUUGUGUAAAAUCAACGAUGAGCCGUCUGACCCACAGACGCUGCAGAGUGUUGAUGCCUUGAAUUAUUUGGAAAAGCAAUGGUCUUCACUGGCCACUGGAGCUGCUGCAGUGGCAUUGUUCAAUCACAGAUCUACGGUUCAAAGAUUUCGAACUGCGUGCAGCAAACAGCAUCGCGAGUUGGGUAGAUUGUUGCAGAGAAAAGAUGUGUUGGAUAUCCUGGAUGUGUUGCUUCCAAAGAUCCCUUUGCAGAAGCUGUUCACACGGAGCUUUGAUCGCCAUGCCACGGCGCUUCCAGAUGCUGAUUUGGUGGCGAGUCGCUUGAAAAAGGUCAGGCAGAUCGGAUUGAAGAAGUUGGACGGUGGACUAAAGGGUGGUAGAGGUGGAGCAACCGCUUCCAGGAGAUCUCUGGCGAUGAAGUUCGGAACAGGCUUGAGCCCACUGCUAGGUCGAAAUGCAUUUGCAUACCUGGAACGCUAUUUCAUCGACAGAGCAACGCAACCCGGUGGAUGGCAUGGUCUCCCGGCUUGGGUGCAGAGCGCUGGAACGUUGAUGGGCGAAGGAGCAUUGGCUGGAGGCAACUUGAUCGCCGGGGAAGUGAAGAACUACAACAGUCACGCAAGCACGACAGGGGAUUUGGUGCGCGGUUUUGAGAACAGCACCGUCAGCGUGAAACGCUUACGGCGAAUGCUACAGGAGGAGGUGACUCGCUUGGAAGCAUUGCAGGUGUCACCGAAGAAGAGAUCGAUGCAAAUGCAAUUGAUCAAGGUGGUCUUACGUCGUGUGUAUCACAUGACUAAAGACAUCACAGCACCAGGGAAGAGUCCGCUGUGGAAGUGCAUUGUCCGCAUGGUGGACAAGAAGGCCAACGGCGUUUAUCUUGAAUUUCGAAGUUACAAAGGCAAGGCUGACCUGGAAAAGCAAGCCAAGAUGUGCUGUGAGAAUAAGUUUGUGGUCGUGCAAGGUUUGCUACUCAGUCAGAACAACAAGUUCUUGGGCGGCUUCUGCGCCGACAUGAGCAACAGAGCUUCGAAGGAGUCCAUCGAAGUGGUGUUGCAGAAUGUCUGGGUGACGGAAGUGACCGGGUGGCCAGUCUAUACUCCUUGUAGCGAGUGUCACACCAAGAUCGAUCCAGAGAGUGGUGAGUGCAAGAAGAAGAGCACUGGGUGCGCGUCCACCCCUGCAUCGGAAGUCAAGGUCCUGGCGACUCUGAAUCUGAGCGACCCAACCGGUUGCGUGGAGAAGGUUUUGGCCGAUGAGGAAGCUCUGUGCGUCAUGACCAACAUCAAACUGGAGGAGAAGGCCAAGCUGGUGAAAAUGUUGGAAAGGCAUGGGGUGCAAUUUCUUUGUUUUCGUCAACCCGUGGAUGUCCGUUUAGGGACGGCCCCAUACAUGACAAAGAGUCGCAGGGAUAAGGGCGCGGCACUUGGAACGCAAGACACAGAAACGCAGACGGUCUUUGCUGCGGAGAGUCAGUUUCAAGUCUUAGCUGCCAAGCCGUGCUUUGCCGUGGGCUUCAAGGAUGAUGAGCGACCCUCGCUGCGGAAAAUUCUCAGUCACGGACAGCAGCAGCUGGUGAACUGUGUUUAUCCCAUCAAGUGCGUCUACCAAGAUGUGAGUUACUCCAGCUUGGGCAUCAUCGUCAACGAUGCCCCAAUUCAUCCGAGCUAUGUCAGCAUUGUGGCAAAGGCUUGGAGCGAACCGACACCCCAGCCGAUUGGACAGGGCGAAAACCAGCAUGUCUUGAUGGUGCAUGAGGAGGUCACCCCAUACCCCAAUGGUAGCAAAUUCCGAGUGGAAGCUGUCUGCAGCAUUGCAGAAUGUCACAUCUUCAACAUGGGCAACCUGGAGCCUCGACUACUCGUCGGUCGCUUGACGCGGGACGGCAAGGAAGGACAGGUCACUCUGUUGGCAGAAAGGGCUUUUCCAUGCACCAGUGAACAAGCCCAGGUUUUGGACCAAGAGCGCGAUGCCAUUGGGCACUGGUCAGAGGGAACCCAGAUCCACACGGUUUCGAAGAAGCGGCCAGCGGACGACUUGGUGACUCCAACACCGUUGAAGAGAAUGUCGGGCGCAUGGGCUGCUCCUUGA